AUGGCCGCUGCACCAGACCCAAUGUCGAUGUCCACCAACCGCAUCUGCCUGCGCCGAUUAAUUCCAGAUGAUUUUCAGCUUCUCUGUUGCCUAAACAACGACGAAGGUGUAAUGGCAUAUCUAGACCAUGAACCACCCUCAGUGGAGGAAGUCAAUUUCGAAGUUCAGGACAUCAUUGACUACUACACCAGAUGGCCUAAGUUUGGCCGGUGGAUUGCCGAGAGCCCUAAAGGAGAAUUUCUCGGCUGGUUCUCUCUUGCAGGCCCUGAGCAGGAAAUGCCUGCUACGCUUGAAUUAGGCUACCGACUCCGUCGCCAAUAUUGGGGCAUGGGUCUUGCAACCGAGGGUACUCGUCUCCUUCUUGAGUAUGCAUUUUCGGAUAAUCCAAUGGUGGAGCGGGUUAUUGGAACCACGAUGUUUAUUAAUGAGCGGUGUCGGCAUGUGAUGGAGAAAUGUGGAAUGAGACAUGUAAAGACGUUUCAUCUUAGCUUUGAGGACCCGCUGCCUGGUACUGAGCAUGGCGAAGUGUUGUAUGAGAUUACCAAGGAAGAGUGGAAGAAGCAGCAUACCUAA